AAACGCAUUGUUGUUGUACUAUUCAUAUUAGUUGUUGACAUUUUCGCCUGCAUUUAAUUAAAUUUUUCCACAACAGACCACAAUACAACCAAGCGAUAAAAAAAAACACCAAACAAGGCUACAAAUAAGAAAGUUUUAAAAAAUUUCGGUGAUUUAAACUCCCCCAAAAGGCGAAAUCCAUGUAAAUCUUAGGAAAAAGCGACAAAUCAAUAGAGAAAAAAUAUGACGACUAACAAUCAACAACCAACGCAAUAUAAUUUUAAGGUGGUACUACUGGGAGAAGGGUGUGUGGGCAAAACAUCGAUUGUUUGCCGUUAUGUGGAGGACAAAUUCAAUAGCCAACACAUUAGCACUUUGCAGGCCUCAUUUCUCACCAAAAAAGUCAACCUGGAGAAUGGCAACAAAGUGCAGUUGAACAUUUGGGAUACAGCAGGCCAGGAGCGUUUUCAUGCAUUGGGACCCAUCUACUAUAGAGGCUCACACGGUGCCAUACUGGUGUAUGACAUCACCGAUCAGGACUCCUUUCAGAAAGUCAAAAAUUGGGUAAAGGAAUUGAAACGUAUGUUGGGUGCUGAGAUCAUUCUAACUAUUGCGGGCAAUAAAAUCGAUCUGGAAGAGCAACGUACAGUGAGCGAAGAUGAUGCCAUUGCAUAUGCCGAAAGUGUGGGUGCCCAUUACUUUGAGACGUCGGCCAAAACAAAUGAAAACAUCGAUGAAUUAUUUAUGGAAUUGACAAGACUUAUGGUACAACAUGCCCAGCAAAACAAUCAAAGACAAAGGGCCACGGCCCAGCAACAAUUUGGCCAAAGACGUUUAAUUGUGGAAGAUUCACAAGAUGGUAACGAUGAUAUGCAGUCACAAGUGCCUGAGGGUUCACGUGGUUCAUGCUGUGGUUGAGUUGGCGGGUGUGAUGCAAACUGUCGCAAAUUAACCAAAUGUAAACAAAAACAACAACAUCCCAAGCAGCUACAGAAGAGAAGAGGAAGAAGAAGAGCUAAGUUUUAGAUGUGUUUACUCCUUGAGUUGUGAUGAGAGACUGGUGCCAAUGAAUUAUAACAAACAAAACCGCAUGAAUCACUACUCAAAGAGCUUACCAAAAUUGAAACGAAACAAAACAAAAAAGAAACCUAAAUGGGAUGACGAUUUAUGAUUAAAACCAAUUAUGUGAUAAAUUAUUAAGAAAACAAAAAAUAACAUAUUUAUAUGUAUAACAUUUACUAUAUGAAUCUUUGUUAAUAUUUGUUGUACUAUUUAAAAAAAAAAUUUUGUACUUUAAUUUUCGUUAAUUUCCUUAGACAAAAACAUUUGUUCAUCUAGUAUUUUGUCUUUAUGUAUAAAAAGAAAAAAGAAGAUAGAAAAUUAUUCCUUUGUAUGUCUAGCAAAGUAGCUUUAGCUUUUACCCUAAAACUGAAAAGAGAAAAACAAUACCCAUAAAGAUCACAUAAUCACCUUGUGUGUAUGUGUAUAGCAAAAUAGCUUAUCUUAAUGAUAAUGUUUAUUACUUUGUCUUACUCGCCUAUAUAUAUAUCUCUAUUCCUUAAACUUGUAUACCUAUGAAAUUAAGUAUUGUAUGAACAAAAGAUCAACAACAGCUGGCAUAUAUGACAUCGAUUUUGUUUAUAUUAAAAUUGCAAAACGAUGGCAAUUAAUAUUAAGAAGUGUGAAUAAAGUUGAAAGAAAUAAGAAACCAGACAAAUUAA